UAAAGAGACUUUGCCUCCUACACAAGGAGGUAGGAAAAGGAGCUAUCUUACUUGGAAUCCACAAAUGGACAUGAUAUUGACGGCCGUGUUUUACAAUCAACUAAACCAAGGCAAUAAAGGUGAGGGGGAUUGGAAGCCUCAAGCUUAUCAAGCUGUUGUUGAUGAGUUAAAAUCCAAAUUGGGUUUGUCUAUCACGGUGGAUCACGUAAGGAAUAGGGUAAAACUUUGGAAGAGACACUAUGCCAUCAUCACUGAAAUAAGGACAAAAACCAAGUUCAGAUGGGACGAUGAUAAGAAAAUGGUGGUAAUUACUAUUGAGGACUUGGUAGAUUGGACCAAGUAUUGUGAGGUAAAUUCAGAUGCCAAGGCAUAUCAAAACAAAGCUAUUGAGAACUGGGAUGAUAUAUGUGUGUUAGUGGGCACCGAUAGAGCAACUGGCGAGGGUGCAGAACAAAUUGAUGAUUCUAUUGCAGCUAUGGAUAUGGAAGGUGCGAAUGAAGGGGAGAGCUCUAGCAGAGAGGUUUCAAAAUCUUCAACUUCUAAAUCCAAUAAGAAGCUCAAGAUUGACCCUUUAGCAAAUGCAGUAAGUGAUGUUGGUGAGAUGCUAAAGGAGUAUCUAGUGAGUACGAACCCACCAAAAGCUGAUUGCGAGGAGAUUUAUGCCGAGGUAUCUAAAGUGAGGGGUAUUCCUCCACAUCAAUUUUUAAGGGCGGUUAAGAGAUUCAUUGAUGGUUCUACACAUGAUUUCCGAAUGUUGAAGUUACUUCCAGACAAUCAAAAGUUAGAUUGGAUUAUGCUAUGUCUUGAAAACUCAGACUAAGGUGAUUUAAGACCUCGCAAAGCAGGACCUCUUGAACUGGGGAGAGAAAGCUGCAAUAAGAAAUACAAAGCAAAAGUGUAUAAG